UCAUGAUGAUGAUCAUGGUGAUGAUGAUGAUCAUGAUAACAAUUUCGUUGAUGAAAACAAUGAAGUACAUAAUCUAAAUGGUGUAAUGAUAGCAUACCGAUCAGCAUCUUCAACAUAUCCCCCAUUCGAGCAUGAGUCCAAUUUAGUAGAUUAUAACGAUCAUUAUUCCAGAAUCAAUAAUCUGGAUAAUAUCGUUUUUUAUCAGAGAAGUAAUAAUCCAAGCAUGUGUUACGCUUUAAGUGAGAAUGUCCAGCAAUCAUUACGCCGUGCAAUCAUAAACCAAAGACAAGAAUCUGCAUCUACGACAUCUACUACGGACAAUCCUCUAUUGUAUCAGAGCAGAUACGAUGAUGACUCUAGGCCUGGUAAUAUUACAAUGCCUAUGAAUCAAAUCGGCGAAAGCCCAGAUGAUUCUACCGACUCUGAAGAGUCUAGUUCAAUUUUAUUGACUCCGUUGAGUAGAACUCAGAACAAUGGAUCAGAGACUAUUGAUAUUUUUCAAGGCAUUUACAGUAAUGAAAAUGGACCAGACAAUCAAAUAGUGAUUACUGUUCAAGGAUUCACAGAUAACUCUGACGAAGCGCGUUCCAGAAGAACUUUUUGGUCCAACGCAAGACAUCCUUAUGGGAAAUCUAUGGAAAAUUAUAUUAGGAAUCGCAAUCGCCAACAGGCAUCCAGUUCCAGUGGAAACCACCGAUAUGAUAAUCAAGAGCCAACAAGUUCAGAAUUUGAAAAUGUAUACGGAGACAAACGAAUGCCUAGAAAAUUUUCCGAUACUCUUCCACGUCAUUUAAGACCCUGUGAAUCUAGUGAUUCGAGCGACGAUGAUACUUAACCGAGGAGACAAUCUUAAAAACCAUCAUCCGACAGAGGUGAUACCACGUAAACAUUUGUUUACCUGCAAUUAUUUGAAAACAAAAGUUUUAUUUAUUUAUUAUUUUAUACAUUAUUA